AUGUAUAAAAAGUUAAUAUCAAAUAAUACUUUAUAUCUACUGCUUAUUUUUGUAAUUUUACAUAUUGUUGUUGGAGAAGAUACUAUAGUAGUAAACAUUGACAAUGAUAAUAAUAAAGACAAUGUUACCCCAAUGCUCGAAAAAGCACAUGACACCACACAAACAUUUUCAAAAGAGCAUAAAUAUGAUCACCUGAAAGAGGAUCUACAAAAGAAUUCGAUGAGGAGAUACUAUAAAGUAGAUAGAUUACAGUCUAAUCAGACAUUGGUCAUUGCCGAACUAGAGAAACGUGGUCUAAUAGAGUCUAAGAGAUCAAAUAAUUUUAAUUUUAAAUGGGGAUGGUCAUGGGAAACAAUGUAUGUUGUAAAUGACUAUCAAAUUGUAAAUCAUUUCCCAACCUACGAUGAAAUAGGAACGAAAAGUGGAUUGACUAGAAAUCUAAAUAGACUGAGAAAAGAACAACCUGACUUGCAUAUUGAAUCAUUCUUCCCAAGGUCAUACGUUCUAUCGAACCCAAACGAAAAGAAUAGUUUUAUCAUCGAUUUCAAUAGACAAUCACAGCAACCUCACGACACCAAUCCCAUCAACCACCACCAACUCAACGAUAUCGAUACACUCGAACAAUUUGGAAUUACAACCAAUGUCGAUACUCUAGUUUAUCCUGAACAACCGUCAAUCGAUGGAAAUGAAAAUAUUUGGAUUGUAAAGCCAUCAACAAUGGCAAGAGGAGUUGGUAUUAAAAUAUUUAAAGAUCUAAAGAGUCUAUUAAAUUAUUCAGAGACAUUCAAUAAUGAAUUCAUUGUACAGAAAUAUUUGGAGAAACCAUUGUUGAUUAUGAAGAAAAAGUUUGAUAUUAGACAGUUUGUUUUGGUGAAGAGUUUGAAUCCAUUGGUCAUAUUCCUCAAUAAAGACAAUUAUCUACGUUUCUGCAGUGUCGAAUACUCCACCGCAAAUAUCGACGACAAAUUUGCACAUCUCAGCAACCAUCAAGUCCAAAAGGAGUUCACCGAAGAGUUAACCAUUCCAUUCAAUCAAUGGUCACUUUCACAAUUUAAAUCAUAUCUAAAAGAAAAUAAUCAAGGUAAAGAUAUUUGGAACGAUAUAAUUUACUCUAGAAUAAAGGAUUUGGUUAUAAAGACAAUCAAGUCGUGGCCCCAGGAAGGACAUAGAAAGAAUAGUUUCGAGUUGCUUGGAUUCGAUAUCAUGUUGACAGAAGACCUUCAACCUAUUUUGAUAGAGGUCAACACUAAUCCAGGUCUACAUUUAAUUACCGAUAUAGUAAAAGUUCAUCAUCCAAAUGCUAUAAGAGAUCUAUUUAAAGUUGUAUUAGAUAAUCAAGAUAGAUGGAACAACAACAAAAAUAAUGACAAUAGCUAUCAGUGGAUAAAUGAUCAAAGUAAACAACAAAAAACACAACUCUUUGGUGCAUGGGAUCCAAUAUAUAUUGGUGAAUACGAUCCAAACAUUAAACAAUUAGAAAUCAAACCAAAGAAAAAGAGAUUCUCUAUUGAACCUGCAUUAAAUAAAUAA